AUGAUUACAUCCACUCUUAAACGCAGCGCAUCCGUUGCGUUCUUGCCAGAACAACCAGUGGCCCAGGCCUCGACAUCCAGCCCGUGCCAGCCCACCCAGCAACUCUUGAAUUCCAUCACCAGAAAGUCUACGCUGCCUUGUAGAUCUCCGAGUUUACGUCGGACUUGUCCCAGGUCACAACUUCGUCGCAGCCGCACUCUGGAUUCGUUUGAACAUCUGCAAGCUGGCGCAGCCUACGCGUCUCCACGACCUCUGAAGAGGCAGAGAACGGAACCGUCGCAGACAAUUUCUCUAGACGACUGGCAGAUUGUCUCGGCCAGCGAUGGCGACACCGAUGCCUUGUUCCCAGCGGCUCGUACGACGCCCAAGCCGAUUGCUGAUCCCCUUAUCCUGUCCUCCAGCAUCCUUUCUGCAACCUGCCGUUUUAUUUCUUCAUUUGUAUCCACUCGAUUAUCCCCACCCGCUCCUGCGAGUGUGGAUUUGCCACAUGUCCCCCAGCCACCGGAUGCCUUUGAUGUGGCAGAUCUCGAAAUGGAAGAAGAUACAGACGAUGCAGAAGAAGAUAUUACAAUGAUAGACGUAGAGGAUGACGUCUUUCCUCCAUCUCCCUUCCCCGAGUACACUGCCGAGCAGUGGUCUCGCCUCUCUCGAUAUCCGCAUCUCGUCGACAAGGUGAUGUCUGGCCGUGUCGCGAACGGACGUGCCCAGCACAAGCACUUUGUCGCCUGUAACUAUGCCAAAGAAGCCAACCCAUACUUCAACCCGCCAAAACCUCGCCAAUCGUCACCACUUGCUCCUAUUCGGCAGAAGCGAGAACCCUAUGCAUCGAACAAGAUGUCACUCUCGUUUACUACCGACCGCGCCGUCCGUUCAGCCCAGCGUGACUCCAAACAAUCCCGCUUGUUGAAUUAUCCAACCUGUUCGGACAAAUAUCCCGGUCCUGACCGCUCUGGGUCUAUUCUCCGUAACACCGUUCUGCUCAACUUUGGAGACUGGCUCCGCGCCUCGGGUCUGUGGAUUUCCGUUCAAGUCACGGGUAUACACUCUGCUCUGGCCUGGUACGAGACCUACGGCUGUGAGGAAGAGGGUACGAUCACUCCCGACCUCAAUUCACCGACGGCGACAGAUUUGGCGGGUCUUACCGAGGCUCACUUUGCUUGA